AGUCACAUGGCAUGUAGCUAGGCAUUUUCUCAAAACUGGUAAUAAAGUCAGCUACUCAAAUCAAAAUGGACCCGUAAGUCCCCUUAGUGUGGACCAAGCCAAUAGUCCCACUAAUCCAUGCCUUUGAUUUAGCCAGUACAAACAAGACCUUAUUAAUCACCCUUCACAUUACUCAUCAGUCAGCACCAUCACCAUGCUUAUAAAUUGAAUGGUACACAAACAAAAGGGAAAGCUUAUAUAUUUUUGGGUUUUACAAAACAGGUUUUGAUUUAGAAUUAUAUAAAAGUUGAAAACAAUGGGUGUGGUUGUGGUGGAGGAUGAUAUUGAUAUUGAUAUUGAUAUUGAUGAUGAUUCUUUCAAGAAGCCAGGAGCAGUUCCAUUCAAAUGGGAGAUAAAACCAGGACUCCCCAUGCUCCAUCACAACAACCACCAGAAUCAGCAAAUUCAGUCACCGGAAUCGCCGUCACUCAAGCUGAAGCCACCGCCGCCAGCCGGGUCGUACCUACUAUCUCCGGUGGAGCCCCGGACCCGAUCCUUCCGGUCAACCCCGAAGGGCCGGUCUGACCGGUGGCGGUUCGACAAACCGCUUCUUGCCCGACCCGAGAUCGUGUCGUCGUCGGGUUGUUUCUUCUCGCCGUUUCUGAGGCGAUUGCGGAGCAGGAAGACGGUUCCGAAGCGGGUCGUCGAACCCGAUUACACGUCGGAGCUUGAGACGCUUGGCCGGUGGUCGUUGUCGUCGAGGAAGUCCUCCCCCUCGCCGUUCCGGACCUCAACGACGACGUCGUCUUCUGUUAUGUCGUCGCCCCGACCCGUGACCGAUGCUGAAUGGGCCGGGUUCGGUCUUUUUUGAAAGUAGCUUCUUAAUGUACUUGCUUAAGAAUCCCCUGUUUAAUUUAAUGCCUCUAAAAGGUGAAAAUUACUCUGUUUGUACUCUCCAUUGAAGAGAACUUGCAUAGUUGCAUGGUACAAGUAAGUACAUGAAUGAGAUGAUAGAAGUACUUAUUUUUAAGGAGGUUUAAUAAAUGAGAAAGAAAACAAGGAGACACUUGAGGGCAUAACCAAUUCAGCAUGUGUAGAUGACAGCUCAGAGUCCACCUCAGCAUACAGCUAGCAAGUUGUUAGACAGUUACAACCAUCUAACUGAUUGAGGAGUAGAGUAUACCCUGUAGUUUAGAUACACAGUAGUUAUAGUGCUCCUACAGCAAGUAGUAUAAAUAGCAAAGAAUAAACACACAGUGUAUUGUAUUGAAUCAUUUUGUUCAAUCAAUAGAAUUUUCUCAGUUUUCUUCUUCUUC